AUGCUUAUUCGUAUUCGGAUAUUCAUAAAUGAGAAGGCAAUUGACGGGACGUUGAGCUUUAUUCAGUCCAUCGGCUUUCAUUCACUCAUUGUGCAUGACAACGAGGUUCAAACUAGAAUUGAGGCUAACCAUUGGUUGUCUACUUUAUCAAUCGAGUUCGAUGAUGAAGCUGCAUACACAAAGAGAGAGAGAGAGAGAGAGAGAGAGAGAGAGAGAGAACGAGAGAACGAGACCAAUGUAGUGAACUUCAGCCCAUUGUCAAAUUUUUCUUUCUUUCUUUCUUUCUUUUCUUUCUUUCUUUCUAAACUUCGUCGCUACUUUGCUAGCAUUUUUAACAGGUUUUCUCUCUAUUUCUUUCUUUCCCUAGAGAAUUUGAGAAUAUCUAUCUAUCUAUCUAUCUAUCUAUCUAUCUAUCCAAUUCUGUUCCGAUCUAUCUAUCUAUCUAUCCAAUUCUGUUCCGAUCUAUCUAUCUAUCUAUCUAUCUAUCUAUCUAUCUAUCUUAUUAUGUCCAUUAAUAAUCUAUCCAAUUUUGUUCUGAUCUAUCUAUCUAUCUAUCUAUCUAUCUAUCUAUCUAUCUAUCUAUCUAUCUAUCUAUCUAUCUGA